AUGGAUGUUUCUCACCUGCUCCUCACUUCUGUGCUCUUUCUGCUGCCCUUCAUAGCACAAGUUUCAGCACAGCAACCAGGAUGUUCUAUCUCUAACAAAAGUCCAAGUGUUGAAGAAAAUAACCCUCCUGGAUACAAUGUGACUACUAUCGAUUUGGAAGCAGGUUUCACUGCAACGGUUGAUCCUUCCUCGCCAGAUGGCAGUUAUUUUACCAUCCAGGGGUCUCAGCUGCAGCUGGUCAAAAGUGUGGACUAUGAGAAUGAUACCGUGCUGAUAGUGAUUGUGGCUUGCCAGAAUGCUGCUGGGCAGAGAGAUACUUUGGACAUUAUUGUGACCAUUAUCAAUCUGAACGAUAACAGCCCAGUGUUUAAGCAAACGAAUCUCACCGUAACUGUUCCUGAGGACACAAAAGUGAAUGCAACCAUUGUAGCCCGUGAAGAUUUAAGCGCUAGUGAUGCUGAUCUGGACAUCAUCUAUUAUGAACUCAAUUCAACAGUGCAGGACACCACCAAUUAUUUUGCCAUAAAAGGAAUCAAUAAUCCUGAAAUAUACUUGCAAAAAGCAUUAGAUUAUGAUAAAGUUAACUCAACAACAUUGAUCUUGUAUGCAAUGGACAGGCCUGUUGGCAGCAGCGAAACCACCCACACAGCUACUGCAACAAUAAACAUAAUUAUUGAGCAAGCUGACACCAAACCACCCUGGUUCCUACCCUGUAGCUUCAUUGACGUGGACAAAAGCAUUUGCAUCAGCAGCCCCUAUUCUGGGAGAGUCAAUAUAUCCGAGAUGUCGACAGAACCACUCACCCUGGAUCCGGGGCCCAUCUAUGCUAAAGAUCCGGACUACACUAUAAAUGAAAAAAUUGUGUACAGUAUUGUUGGUGGGAAUGCAGAUAAUGUAUUCUCAGUGGAUGCAGACACGGGAAAUCUAACGAUGAACAAAAUAGCAACUUCCCCAGACUCAUACCUAUUGCAGGUCAUGGCCACCCAAGUCAACAACAAACAGAAAUACUCUGUAGUCAGCGUGGAGAUUAAGGUCAUCAAUAAAAGUGACUACGCACCAUACUUUGAGUCCAGUAACUACACAGGAGUAGUAUCUGUUGGUGUGGCCCCAAGAAGCCUUGUCUUCCAAGUUGAGGAUCCUUCAAGUCCCCUGAUGAUAAAAGCAGCAGAUGAUGACUUCCCUGAUAAAUUCAACCCAAACAUUGAAUACUACAUAAAAAACAGCACUGAUUUCAUUGCAACCAAAGAUGGACUCAUCUUGACAAAUGUCAAUCUGCUGUCACCAGAGACUGUAAUCAUGGAGGCUGUUGCAAAAGAUACAGUGAGUCUGCAGGAGGCGAGCACCAUCAUCACGGUGGAGAUCAUCUUUGCUGCAGAUAAAAUCACCUCUGAUAAGUUAUACACUGCACAGGAUAUGGGUAUCUUAGGUGGUAUCUUAGCAGCACUGUUGCUGAUUACCUUAGUCUUCCUUGGACUGAUGAUAUACAAACAUUAUGGGAAAACGGUCAGAUUACUGAUAAAUAAAAAGUUCUCCAAGGAUUUCCCUGAGAGCUAUGAGAACCAAGCUUACAAUCAAGAUGAACACCCAGAUCUGAGUGCCAAAGAGCAGGAAAGCUCAGAAAACGGUGGUAUAACUGAGCUACAGCAGCCAUCAUUUUUCUUGACCUCUUCUAAAGAAGAAAUUGAUGGCCUCCCAAAGACUUCCACAGCUUCCACAGUUGUCUUUGACCUGGAAGAGAAAGAGGAAGAGGAAAAAGAAGAGGAAGAGGUGAAAGAAGACACUAAGCAUGAGAAAGAAGUAAAGUCUAUCCAAACAGACAGGAAUGAGGAGGACCAUGGCUACAAAGCCGUGUGGUUUAAGACCGAUGUGGAUCCAGAUGCUGGAGAAAAAGUUGAAGUGAUUAAGGACAAUGCAUCAGAUUAUGAUGAUGACAGUGAUCAAGAUCUGCAGGAGAAUGAGGAGGAAGAAGAUGACAAGGAUGAUCACCACGGAGGGCCAGGGGUAUCUAUUGAUUCAGAAAACUCAUCAUUCCCAGCUGCAGAAGUGAUGAUUAACAUGUCUCGCACAGCGACAGAAAAUGACAUUAAUGUGUAA